AUGAAUGUCACGUUAUUUGAAGACUGUCUGAUAUAUGAACUUGAGAGACAACAGCUAAGAGCAGAGCUAGGAAGGGUAGAUAGAAGCAUGCUGAAUUUCAGAAUAACGGAUAUUGUCUUGUACAGCUAUGAUUUUCAGAAGUUACUUUCUCGGCUUGGCAGUUUUCAUCCUCUUAUAGUGAAGAAAAACAAUAAAUCCAUUGAAGUCAAGGAAAAAAACUCAAGUCUUUUAAAUGAAACCUUUAAAAUCUAUUUUGAGAAGCUCAUGGAGUAG